CUUCCCGCACAUUUCAAAUCCAUUGAAUUGGUUCCUGUUCAAAUGACGGAGGUGCAGAAUGGCGGCCUUCAUUCGCGCAAAAGGCGCCGGAGAAGGCGACUCGACAGGCCUCCGAUAUCCGCCCGUUUACUCCUCGACGAUCGUUUGAAGGGUGAGGAGGGUCUAUUGUCUGAGGACCUCUUUGCGGACCUGUUCCCUUGGGCUGGCAACCCAGAUAGAGAUGGUGCCACUUCCAAAGCAAAGCCUGUCCAUUAUGUUGCCAUCACUCCUUGGCUUCCCAGCUCCCUCGCUGCUUCCCAAAAUGCCUCGUGGACCAUAUUGCCCGUGAGGCUUGCUACGCCAGAAAGCAACUCCUCCGUACGCCCGCAUUCCUCCCUCCAAAUCCCCGCUUCAUCCCUCGCUCUACAAUCUUUCUCGCAGACUCUCCAUGCUCUGGCGCCGAACAAAACGCAGAGGAGGGACACCCCAAUCGAAAUUCGCAUCUACGAUGUCAUACCGCUCGGCCUGGAAACCGUUUAUGUGAACCUGGAUACGGAAGCUCUGCGCAAAUUGGACGAGGUACACGCAAAGUUUGGUGGUGGCUUUGGAGGGGCCAAAGGACCUAAGGAUAGAUUCUUGAAAGCAAAUGGAUACGGGGGCAAGUCUGCAAAGGGCGUAAAUCACGCUGCCCAGGAGCAGACGUGGAAAAAGGCUGUUCGAGAUGCGCUCCAGUCCCCAGCCGUUGUCCAUACCGGAGAUCUUCUUCCAUUGUCGUUGCCCUCGCAUCCAAUCACACAUGUUCCACCUCCUCCGGCGAAAAUUGUGGCUUGUGAGCCUCUCUCGCAAGGCCUCCUCCUACCAAGCACACGCAUUGUUGUUCUACAGUCUCAUCGCCCUUCAAAAAGUGUACAGAUUCUUCCGCCUUCUAAGCCUGCGUCUAUACCAAAUGGGUUUGGCGAUGAUGAAUCCGAAGACACAUCCAACGAGCAGUUCUUUUCGGCCGCAGAGGAUCGCAACCCAUCCCAAGACAACAGUCCCCCAGAUGCAGAGUCCACAGAUGAAUUAGAUUCUGAGCUUUCCGAUGCCGGCGACCUGUCUGACGAUUCGGAGGACAUCAUCUCCUUGAACGCCCCUCUUCUACCGCCUCAAUCAUCUGGUGUGCUCUCAGCAUUCAGUUCCGCUACACCAAGACCCGGAAACUUCCAUACCAACGGAAUUGCUACGCCCGGCUCGGUGUUCUCCAGUUUUACUGCUACAACUGCUCGGGGAGGUGGCUCAUCUGCUAAGAGCAAGAUCUUUAGAGCCCAUGGACUGUUGCAGACCAUCCCCGAUGAGUUGAUAUAUCCCAAGCCUGGUACUGAGGAUGACGAGGAAGCACGUGUCUUUGUAGACACCAACACGUUGGUCAAGGUUGGAUGUUUCUCAGGUGAUUGGGUCAAGGUUGAGGUGACUCCUGAGCCUUCUAGUCAUCCGUUAUUCGGGCUAGGUAAGUUUGGUGCCGAACACGAAGACGAUGCAGAAUGGCGUCCGGUUCGCAUUUACGGCCUCCCAGAGAGUAUGUCCAAAAAGGUCGCACGUUACGCCUUGAACAAAUCCGAUGAUUGGGAUCGGAGUUCUAGCUUCUCGGGUUUCCAGCCGUCUAGCACCUCUCCCCAAGCUUAUCUCUCACCCAUCCUUCUAGCCAACAUGGGCAGUCCUUCACACUUACGAAUUACCACCUUGGCUCCUUAUCAGCCUCCCAACGUACCAAGAGGCGUUCUGCAAAAGCCACGACUUACGGGCUCCUCGUUACCUCCAUCUGCGAAAGAAGUCACACUGUUCAAAUUGUCUACCCCGCUAUCUUCGGAACGGUUGUUGCAACCUAGUCUGUUCGCCGCUUUAAAGGAUCAUUUUGAGCAGAAGCGGCGAAUAGUGAAAACGGGCGAUCUCAUCGGUGUUGCUAUCGAUGAGUCGCUCGGUAGAGCUGUAUUCCAAGCAAAUACGACCGACGACGAUGCCAUUGGUGAUGAAAUCCUCUCACAACACAAGAAGGCAGAAACAGAACAUGUGGCCAGUGCAGAUAGCAACACCACCAAAGCUGUUACCUGGUUCAAGAUUGGAAACGUAACCUCGUCACACGCAGAGCCUCGAGAUAACGAAGAACCUGAUGUAUGGGGUGGUGUUGUCCGAGUAGACUCUGCAAGCACGAAAAUGGAAAUGAACGGCAGUGAACAAGGGAAAACGCCUGCACCACUCAACAGCACUUGGCAGUAUUACUUGGGCGCAAAGAAGCCCCCGGCAGUGUCAAGUCAAAGAUCGCUCGCAAUCGAUGAGCUGCCCAAGCCAUAUAUCUCUUCUUUACGCCGACGACUGAGGGAGUUGAUCUCUGCUGCAACAAGCCCGCGAGCCAUACAUCUAGGACUGCCGCCCAUUGCCGUACUUAUCACAUCUACCCAACGUGGCAUCGGCAAGGCAAGCAUUGCAACAAAGGCUUGCGAAGAUCUUGGCUUGCAUACCUUCUCAAUUGACGCCUUCGACAUUCUCAGCGAAGGAGGUGCAGGCGAUGUCAAAACCGAAGGUUUCUUGAAAGCACGGGCAGAGCGUGCCUUGACUUGUGGCGCCGAAUUCACUGCUUUGUUGAUUCAACAUAUCGAGUCACUGAACGCUGAUCGCAUGAAUAUUGCCCUGAAGCAAGUUCUAGAAGACUCACGAGUACUGGUUGCGACCACAACCGAAGUCGACAAGAUCCCAGAGGGUAUUCGAGGAUUGUUCACUCACGAGAUUGAAAUGUCGGCACCUGACGAGAAAGAACGAGAGGGCAUAUUACGCGACAUCAUUAACGAAGCUGGGAUACGGCUUUCACCAGAUGUGGAUUUGGGCAAUGUCGCAGUAAAGACGGCAGCACUAGUUGCCGGUGAUCUGGUUGACGUCGUUGACCGAGCCCAAGUUGCUAAGCGCAACCGCGUUGAGGCACUGGCAAAGACAGCUUCAGCAGAUUUGACGCCUACAGCAACCAUCACCACCAGAGACAUUGAGCUUGCAGGCGGUCAUUUUAGCAACAGCUUGACAAAAGCUGAUCUCGAUAGUGCUGUUGAUGCAGCUCGCAAGAAUUUUGCAGAUGCCAUUGGUGCGCCGAAAAUUCCAAAUGUUGGCUGGUCAGAUGUCGGUGGUCUAUCACAUGUCAAAGAUGCAGUUAUGGAGACAAUUCAAUUACCUCUUGCGCGACCGGAGCUGUUUGCCAAAGGAAUGAAGAAACGUAGCGGUAUUCUUUUCUACGGCCCUCCCGGUACAGGAAAGACGUUGCUCGCCAAGGCUAUCGCGACGGAGUUUUCGCUCAACUUCUUCAGUGUCAAAGGGCCGGAGCUACUCAACAUGUACAUUGGUGAGUCAGAGGCGAACGUCCGGCGCGUGUUCCAACGUGCCCGCGAUGCACGACCUUGUGUCGUCUUCUUUGACGAAUUGGACUCGGUAGCACCCAAGCGUGGCAAUCAAGGUGACAGCGGCGGUGUUAUGGACCGUAUUGUCAGUCAGUUACUCGCCGAGUUAGACGGCAUGAGCGAUGGCGGCGAAGGUGUGUUCGUGAUUGGUGCUACUAACAGGCCUGAUCUGCUCGACCAAGCACUUCUUCGACCCGGCCGAUUCGACAAGAUGCUUUACUUGGGUGUCUCAGACACGCAUGAGAAACAGCAGACUAUUCUGGAAGCCCUGUCAAGAAAAUUCACCUUGCACCCCGACCUAUCACUUCAAAGAGUAGCCUCUGGCCUACCAUUUACAUACACUGGUGCCGACAUGUACGCCCUGUGCUCUGAUGCCAUGCUCAAGGCCAUCACACGACAAGCCCGGGCCGUUGAUGAAAAGGUCAAACACUACAACGCCGCACACACGCCACAGAUCACCAUAGCGUAUUUUUUCGAUCAUCUUGCUACAGACGAGGACACGGCAGUCAUGGUUACAGAGCAAGACUUCAUCGAUGCCCACAAGGAACUCGUUCCUAGCGUCAGCGCAGAAGAACUCAAGCAUUACGACAGAGUGCGCAAAACCUUCGAAGGUACAGGGAAGAAGAAAGACGACCACGAAACCAAUGAUUCAAACGGAGUGGUACAAGGCGGUUCCUCUUGGAAAGGGAAAGGCAAAAUGCCUGUUAACCCUGAAAGCGAUGGCAAUAUUGUGAUUCAGACCGAAGAUAUAGGAAUAAAUGAGUCGAGCGCCAAUGCUGACAGCGGGAGCUCAAGCAACGCCAAGGGUAAGGGCAAAAUGCCUGUGGCUGCAACUCACCAUUCGAGCAAAAAUAGUGUGGAAAUUGCCGAAGGCGGAUUCGGCGAUGGGGCGGAAGAUGACAACGAGCUAUACUCUUAG